UCCAAUCAGAAUGCACCUCAACUAAAGGGAACCCACCGAUUGGUUUGUUGUCACGCGUGCCCCGUGAACGUUGAAUCCUGCUGUUUGGGAGCGAGCAGUGCAGGCGGUGUUGUGACAAGGGCAAAAUAUAACCAGUAUAAUGGAAAACGAAUUCCCACCAGAGCCCAACAGUGCCAAAAAAGGAAGGGCAAUGAUUGCUUUGGACGAUGACAAUGAUGAUGAAGUUCUCAGUCCAACAGACCUGUCUGAGCUGUUGGCCGAGGGGACCAAGGAGGCCCACGACAGAGCAGAGAACUGCCAGUUUGUAAAAGAUUUCCUCAGGGGACGCAUUAAAAGAGAGCUGUUUAAGAGAGGCACAGCAGCUCUAUAUUUUGUCUACUCGGCUAUGGAGGAGGAGAUUGAGAAGAACAAAGACCAUCAUCAUAUCGCUCCAAUCUAUUUCCCCGUAGAGCUGCACCGGCAUGAGGCCCUGGCCCAGGACCUUGAGUAUUUCUAUGGAGAAGACUGGGAAAACCAGAUUAGCCUCUCUGCAGGCACCAAGCCUUAUGUGGACCGCAUCCAUGAGGUGGGGGAGAAGGACCCAGUGUUGUUAGUGGCCCACUCCUACACCCGCUACAUGGGUGAUCUCUCAGGUGGACAGAUCCUUAAGAAAGUGGCACAGAGGGCUUUAAAGCUCCCCUCAACAGGAGAAGGUCUCAAUUUCUACCAGUUUGAGGGAAUCCACAGUCACAAAGGCUUCAAGCAGCUUUACCGAAGCAGGAUGAAUGAGCUGGAACUGGACGCUGAGACCAAAGACAGGAUUGUGGAAGAAUCUAAUCAGGCUUUUGGCUUCAACAUGAUGGUAUUCACAGAACUUGAAGAGCUUGGAAAGACUAUCAAAGAGGAGGUCCAAGAUGCAGGGUUUGGACACAGUCAUGCAGAGAUGAUGGAGGGUGGCGAUAUCAACAAGUGUCCAUAUUAUGCAGCUAAAAUGGCUGUUAGUGGAAAUCCUACGCAUGCGUGCCAGUUAGCCAUGACACUUCUCAGACAUCCGCCCUGCCAGGUGGUUCUGGCUGCCUGGAUGGCCGCCCUGGCUGGGUUUACUGCCUGGUACUUUAUGUGACACAGCUUUCUACUUCAGAAACAACUUAUGUCGGUGAAAGAGCUUUUGCAGUGAUGCAGUUGUUUGAAAAGCUAUUUUAUGAUGC